GUGCAGCGGCUGAUGGGCUCGAAGACCAGCCUCGACAGGGAGGAAGACGUCGGCUCUGGGAGUGGCGACGAGGAAAUUGCCAUGGCCAGGUUUGCAGAGAUACAGAGACAGAACAACGAGGCCUACAGGGAGGCGAAGGAGGCCGAGAGGGCGAAAAAGGCCAAGGCUACGCGCAAAAGGCGCAAGAAGACAGAGAGUGAGAAGAAGAGGAAACUGACUCGCCCCAUCGGCGUCUUCUGCAUGGACGUCGACUCCGAAGACGACUCCAACUUGAGCUGGUCGCCCGUCAGGAAGACGCCGGGUCGCGCCGCGACUGCGAAGGGCAAGCCAUCUGCCGCGGGCGCAGCGGCUGCAGCCUCAGCGACGACGGCCUCUGGCUCGGGAGGCCCUUCGGCCGAGGGUGGCGGGCCAGAGGGCCCGGGCGGCGAUGGCCCAGGCGACGGCGACGAAGAGGGCGGUGGCGAUGAAGGCGCGAAGGCUGGUCGCGGCAGGAGGGCGAUCUCGCUUCAAGACAAGACGACGGAGCUCUGGAACGAGUUCAAUGGCCCGGGCACCCCCAUCAACAUGUGGGGCAGCCAGCAGGAGGUAAAGAUUCGGCAGGUGACUCGCUGGGCGAACUCUGCCCGUACCAAGGCCACCCAGGUGAAGACGCAGACUGCCAGGGACGCCGUCGAGGUCCUUGGCAAAAGGCUCAACGUGAUCGAUGCGGGGUUGAAGGCAUGGAAGAGCAGGCCCGCGAACCAUUUCCAAGCGGUCAACCUCUUCGAGGGGAAGUGGGCUCAGAUGGCCCACUUCGCGGCAGCCCAGCCCACGAUCGAGGUCACUUCCCAGUGCCUGUGGGACCUCCGCAUCAAU